AUGGUGGUCUUACUCCACGUCAGGCACGCUCUUCUCCAGCAACGCUUCUUUGAGUGCAAGUUUGCGGAAAAUGAGCCUCUCAGCUCUGUCAAAGAUCAAAUCUAUAAGAUGACUGGGACAAUGCCACAGCAUCAGGUGCUUCGACUGAGAGUAUCAGAUGACCGGGUGAUAGAUUUAGGAGAUUCAUCUUCUUCUCUUUCAGAUUAUAACGCCAGAGAUGGGAUGGAGCUUCUAGUGGACGACACUAACCCGCUCUCUAUCGCUCGAGAAGCAGGCUUAAGCGAUCUUUCUCAGAUAGAAAAGUACGUUAUGUCUGAUGAAGUCUAUGACAAGCUAGACGGGACCGUGCGCCAGUAUCUCCGAGAGAAAUUCAAGAGUGACCCAGAGUACCGUAAGCAAGUGCUAGAUGCGCAUCGCCAGAGACGAAAAGAGGUAGCCAUGGAGGCAGAAGCUCUAGAGAAGAUAGGUGUUGGGAUGCGCUGUAGACUGUCUGGAGAUAGGCGCGGGGAGGUGGCGUUUGUAGGCCCCGUUCCUUCUUUAGGGAAAGGACACUUUGUCGGAGUCACCUUGGACGAACCAGUGGGUGACAGCGACGGGACUCAUGGAGGCACUAAAUACUUCAACGCACAGAUGAAAUAUGGGGCGUUUGUUAAGCCAUUGUCCGUUGAAGUUGGCGACUUUCCUGAGUUGGGUCUAGACAGCUCCAUUUCGGACCUGUAA